UCUCCUCCAUGGUGAUCGGGUCCGUUCACGUGACCGACCUCGACGACCACGACCUCGGCGACAAGACCUUCGAACUCGACCCGACGACGGCUUCGGACGUGGCGACCCACUUCCAGGUGGAUCACAACAGCGGCAAAAUCAUCAUGCUAAAAGGAACACCAGCUGGACGCCACGUUCUGAGAGUCAAGGUGCACGACCGCGCGCGGCGCGAGACGGCGAUCGGCGAGGUGGCGGUGGUCGUGGUGGACCUGACCCUCGACGCCGUCAUGCAGUCCGGGUCCCUGAGGAUCUCCGGCGUCACUUCCAGCCACAUGCUCCAGGUAAAGGUCCUCCUGAAGAUCUUCUCACAUGCCUUUGUGUAUAUUCUGCAGAAGAUCCAGAAAGGCAGGAGUUUGUACGAGCAUCUGAAGAGCGAGAUUGCUAAGCUUCAUGACAUCAGCGACGAGCAGGUGGACGUGUUCAGCCUGAAGGACGUGGACGGCGGGGUCGACAUCCGCUACAACUGCCACAGCUCUCCCUACUACACGGCCGCCAGGCUCGACGGACUCCUGCUGCAGCAUCGCCGGAAGGUUCAAGAGGCUCUCGGCGUAGACAUCGAGAUGGUCGACAUCAACCUCUGCCUUUACGAGGGGACUUCGCCGUGCGGGAGUCUGAGCUGCCAGCACACGAUGCGCCCCAACCUCACGGCGCCCUUAGUCAUCGCCAGCGACACCACGACGCUGGUGGGCGUCGACAUCGCCGACGACUACACGUGCGACUGCGGCGCGCUGGAGCCCCUCCCUUCCGUGUGCUUCGACGGCUUCUGCUACAACGGCGGGACCUGCUCGGUCGUCAACAACACCCUCACCUGCGACUGCCUGGACGACAGCAACUACGGGCCGCGGUGCGAGCUCAUGACGGCCAGGUUCGAGGGCGGGUUCGCGUGGUUCGAGCCCCCGCCCGUGUGCGAGAGCCCCUCGCUGUCCAUGACCUUCGAGACGAACGCGGGCGAGGGCGUGCUCCUCUACGCGGGGCCGAUCGUCACCUCGCCGUGGCGCGACUAUCCUCGGGACUUCGUGUAUGUGUUCCUGAACAACUGGGUGCUGGAGGCCUACCUCGAUCUCGGCUCCGGCACCACCAACGUCUCGGUUCGCAUCGAGCGGAACACGGCUCGCUCGUUCCAGUUCCUGCUUUCGUGGGACAAGCUGGAGGUGACGUUCGAGGUGCCCGACUGCGGCAUCAACGGGACGGAGGAUGUCCCGGACCCCUGCAGUGCCAGCGUCCGCCUGCCAGGCACGCCCCGAAAGCAGAGCCACCUGCUCAACAUCCAGGGCCCUCUGCAGAUCGGCGGCCUGGAGGCCACGGCCAACUUCAAGUGGCUCUCCGCCUCGUAUGGAUGGACUCUGACGCCGCCGUCCGCCGUGCGGUUCUCCGGCUGCGUCCUCGAGCUGCGCCACAACGACUUCCUCUUCGACCUCAACUCGACCGACUACAGCCAGAAGACCUUCCAGCCUUGCGACGCCCCGCGGACCUCGAGGGUGGUUCUCGGCCAGCACUCCGUCAUCAUCAUCCUCGCCAGCCUGCUCUGUCUGCUGUUGCUGGUGUUGGUCAUCCUAUGCCUGGCGCGGCGAGGAAGGAAAACCGUGUCCUACCCUGACCUGGAUCGAGAGCUGGUCAAGGAGACGAUGGGCGGGGCCGACACGGAGGGCUUCGGCGAGAAGGAUGUCACGACCUUUGACCUCAAGUUCCUGCAGGUCACCCCGGAUGGAUACCUCGUCAGUGACAAGACACAGGUGGAGAGCGUGGAAUCGCAGCAUCACUCCCGCGUGUAA